CUUGAAGACAAACUGUUUGAUACAACCAAGGAAAUCAUUGGUAUUAUCAACUCAAGCAACUUCAAAGGAUCAUUUAGAAGCACAAUAGGAAGCAGGACAGCAGGUAUGAGUCCCAUUUAAAGGACCUUGUAUUGUAAAUUGCUCACACAACAACAGUAUCUGUCGUGUAUGAGCUAGCACAUCGGAGAUUUACAUAGAAAUAACUAGAAAUGUACGCAUGCAGCAACCUCUCGCAUUUUCAAGUUGAACAACUAUAGUUCCUAUACAAUCAUUAUUUCAACAUGUUCAAUUCUCAUGCAGCUAAUAAUAGACACUUCCCGAAUUUGCUUGAGUACACACGAAACAAUAGCUUGGAAUCGAGGCGGACAAUGUAAUCCAUUGGAAAACUAUACUUAUUUCCAAUGGAUUACAUUGUCCGCCUCGAUUCCAAGCUAUUGUUUCGUGUGCACUCAAGGAAAUUCGGGAAGUGUCUAUUAAAACUAUAAACGUUAGCUAAACAAACGUACUUGAGGAUGUACAUGUUGCAGAUGUAUUGUGGUCGUUGUGUCAAAGAUAGUGGUAACCAUGGUAACAUCAUUUUUACAUUUUUCUGCAAGGGGAACAACUGAAUCGGCAUACUUUAAAAUUAAUACUUGUUUAACUGUAGGCCUAGAAUUUUCAGUGCUCAAAAUAAAAAUUUAAUGUAGAUUUUUAUUAGACAUUCUAUAAAUUUCAAUUUUCAUUCCUAGACUUUCACUAAAACAUUUCGAAACGUUUAUUAAUUGAACUUAAUACGCGAAUAAUGGGGUGCCAGAUCUGCUUUGAAACGAAAUCUUUGAAACGAAAUCUUUGAAAUGAACUAAAUUCCACCUUCGGUUCAAGACUUCAACUCACUGUUAAAGUGCAAGCUUUUUGUGGAAAUAGGUUUAUUUAGAACAAUUAUGCAGAAAUGAAAUGGAUAACGUUGUAUAAUCGCAGCAACAAAUAUAUUUAAAACAAACAAUUAUACACAAACAAACUUACAGGUUUCUUUCCGUGUCUUAUAUGGCAACAUUUGCCCUCACGUCUUGUCUUCAUUUUUUUCAAAGCAAAACCCGCUUCAUUGUUUUCUUUUCUAAAACUAUAAACUAGUUUCUCAUGUUUUUUUAAAACCUUGCCAAUAGCAAUCCGCCUUAUUUUUGAGAUCAGUGGGCUGUCCACCUAUUAACUACAGCCAUGUGCCGGCGAUUGACUUUUCACUGUGCUGGAUUUUAUUUUCCCUGGUGUAUAUAUAGCCGAUCGGAACUAGUACUGCUAUACACGUCCCGCGCAUGCUCGGGGAAUAUUAUUUUAGGAUUCAAACACUCGUUAAAAUUCAUGAGCUAAUUGGCAAAUCAUGUCAACCAUAAUAUGUCACGUGCAGUGGCUUUAAACCUGAUAAAACACUCCUAAUUAGUAUUCUUUAUAUAAAGAACACUAAUAAGGUAGUAUCUAUUGUAGUCGUGUCCUCAUUAUUAGUAUUCUUUAUAUAAAGAAUACCAAUUCCAUUUACCAAAGACAGUAAUUCUAUUGAAUUUGUAGUCGUGUUUGAAGCCGUUUAAUAAACUCGCAUGUCGUGUUUUAUUAGGUCUAAAGCCACUCGCGCUGCGCGCUCGUGUAUUUAAACCUAAUAAAACACUCCUGCUCGCGGUUUAUUAAACAGUACAUAAAUUGGCAUAACUGCAUGAACAAUAGCCGCUUUUAAUAAUGAAUUUUCCAUAAUUAUCUUCGGUGGUCGGAACAACCUGAAUAAGAUGUUUGUGAUGUUACUCUGAGUGUAUAUCCACACCGGGCGAGCUUGAACCUACGACCUUUGGAAUACUAGCACAAUGCUCUGCCAACUAAGCCCAUUGGCUCUGCCAACUGAGCUAGUUGACAGAGCAUUUGGCUACUAUUCCAAAGGUCGUAGGUUCGAUUCCCACCGUGGCUGGACAUAUUUUUCAACCUCGCCCUGUGUGGAUAUACACUCAGAGUAACAUGACAAAUAUCAUAUUCACCUGAGUACACAACACCAACACAAAAAAACCAUGAAUAAGAUAAAAAAUACUUCAGAUAUAAUGAAAACAUUUUUUUUUUGAAAGAAGUUAAUUUUUUCUUUGAAAUGUUAUUAAAUUUCAUUCUUUUCCGAUUUUGUAGUGGAGGUGCUUACCACCAGCCUUGAUCGUCUACACGAGUGGAGAGAAAACAUAACGUCAAUACCGAACGUAACUAUUUGGAAAUUGUGUCAAAAUGAACCAGAUUGUAAGUAAUAUUGAUAAAGCGUGAUCAGUCAAUCUUUGUACAAAUCAGUCAAUCCAGAUACAAAAGUACCGCGGAAAUCAUUUGCGCAUGCAUCAACAUGACUGAAAUUUGCCGUGCGAACGUAGUGUCCGUGUCUUUCGAAGGUUGUCGAAGACUCAAAAUGGACUCGGAAAGAAUGACUUCCAUAUGUUUGCUUUCUGUCAAAUUGGAAGCAAAAUAAUACGGAAGCCGUGAAGGGACUUCAGGCUUCAGACUUUGGAAUGUGAUGUUAUAUACAGCUAUUUCAAUUAAGGUUGUCCCCAAGCAAAGCGGAAAAGGUGAAUACGAGCACAAAAGGCUUGCUGGGGAUCGCUAAAAAAUUAAUGAAUUUCAUACUAAUAAAAAAUAAAAAAUAAUUGUAGUAAAUAAUAAUAAUAAUAAUAAUAAUAAUAAUGAAAACUUUAUUAAAUGGAUAGUUAGCUUAUAUAUACAAUUGCAAAUCUCACUUAUAUCAGGUAAUUUACAACUGGCUACUUAAAUCACUGAUUAUAUAUGCAAAAAUUAUACUAUUAAGAUAACAAAAUGACAGUACAACGUUUAAACACUUAAUAAUAAUAAUAAUAAUAAUAAUAAUAAUAAUAAUAAUAAUAAUAAUAAUAAUAAUAAUAAUGAUAAUAAUAAUGAUAAUGAUAAUAAUAAUAAUAAUAAUAAUAAUAAUAAUAAUAAUAAUAAUAAUAAUAAUAAUAAUAAUAAAAUUACUAAAUUUAAAGUAAAUAAUUUACGUGAUAAAUUUAAUAAAUUUACAAAAUAAAGUUACUAAAUUUACUGCAGUAAUAAAUUUACGUGCCGUUUCCACAAACAAUAGUAUUAUAUUUUUUAUCGUCCUCAAACCUACAAAGAACUUACUGACACAUUCCAAUAGUCUGCAUUUACAGUCUAAAUCAUUCUGACCAUUUUUGACUUUAGUUUGAAUAGCUUUGACUGAAUAAGUGCCUUAAAUAUUCGCCAGCUUUGCAAAAGCAAUGUUGGCAGUGGUGGCGCCAAGGGGGGAGGGGGGGGAAGGAGGGUGCCUCCCAAGUCUUUUUCCCCUCCCCCCAUUCCCCCCCCCCUCAAAAAAAAUUAUUAGUCACUGAGAGCGACUAAAGACUACACAAGCGUUUUGUCGUUAUCAGAAAAUGUAUGGCUUAUAAGUUGUCAUUACUCAUUAGUGAAUGCACGGGCAUUAUACGUGAAACUGUAUACAUGAAACUGAUUUUUACAAUUUCAGUAUUAGUUUGUAAGUCUUUGAAUGGUAAAACUUGCCAAUACUCCAAUAAUACAUUUCAAAAAAGUCAAAAAAGUUAAAUUCUCAAACGUCACUAAUAAGAUGAAAGUAUCACGAAAUUAUUUGAAUAAACCACGUCGCAUAUAUGUGUGCGAAUAUUCUAAAGGGGGCGAUAUUCCUUGGAUAUUCGCCCCUCUUUUGAGAGGGGGGGGGGAGUGAAUUUCCGGGGGGGGGGCGAAAUCCUGUGAGAGCGGCAUGGGUAAAUAGCAACUCUGUAUAACCGGAUGACAGACUGCAGAAGUCAGCAAAGUUGUGAAAAUCCUUUAUUCCCAUUUGUUUAAGAUUGGAAACCAGCUGUUGACAAGUGAUUUCCUGAAUUUAAAACGAUCAUUUUUUAGAUUAUUGUCUCAUUUUCAAAACCGAGCAAGCGAAGGACUAUAAAAGAUAUUCAAAUAUUUACGAAUAAUUAUAUUGUUGAUGGUCACUAUAGCAUAUCAACUUAGCUCGAUUUAAAUUUUACCGCACAUUAUUUUAUUUUAUUCACUUAUUUGUAUGUGCAUGUUGUCUGUGUUGAUUAUAACUCUUCAUCUAUUUUCAAUUCUGGAGAAUUUUAUAUUCAAUAUGUUGUGCGGCUUGCUUCGUACUAAUGUUGUACACAUUUCUUCGUUGUACAUUUCACGCCCUGCGUGGCUCCGUCAAUUUGACAGUUGACAAACUUAGUUCAUUUAUCCCUGCCGACGCUGAUUGGUUCACGUUUGGCUAGCGAGGGGCUGGACGAAUAAAAAUCAUGGUUCUGUGCAUGCUCACCUUUUCACCCAGUUAAUAGCCUGUUCGCAGGGUAAGUGAGAUAACAAACGUGAAACUACAUUGUCUGCCGUUCUUGAUUUUAAACAAGUGCGAAUGUCGCCAUCACUUGGCAUCUAUAUAUACAGUAUGACGGUUUGACUCAGCUCAUAAGCUACUACAAUAACGCGAGUGCGUGGUUCCAUAAACAUUUCGCCAAACACAAUUGUGAUUUUUCAUUAAUAUCAUUUUGGACAAUUUUGCACAUGUACUGGAUGACAAGAUAUAAUACUGUAUUGAUGUAUUCAAAGGAGCAAGCAGUACGCGUCUCUAUGAUAAAUUUUUGUGCGUCCGGAAUCUCGCGGCUUCAGAUAAAUCGGCACAACUGUGCUCAUUAAUGUAAAAUUGGCACAGUUUUUAGCCGAUCAGUAAAUGAUAUUAAUAAGAAAAUAAAAAUUAUACGACUUUCCAGGAAUGAAAUUGCAGUAAUUUUGUUAUAAUUAACAAAAAAUGAAAAUAUUAUUGUUUUUAGGUGAGAUUAAAAGGUGUACAAUCCAAUUGAAGAAUAUCGCAGUGAACGCCAGUGCUUUGUCGUAUGUACAUAAAUUCUAUAUAAUUUAGGGUGACUACUGUGUAGAGUAUUUUGGGCUGAAAAACACUAAGAAAAUGGAUGAGCAGUUUGUUUUCUACCUAGUACUCAGAUAUCCAACUCAGCACUUGUCGACUAUUUUGAAAAAAGACUCCUUUUACUUGUUUUUCUUUUUUCAUUAUCUACCAUGUUUGUCUGUAGCACAAUAUGAGAGCAGUUUGCAGGGUUUCCUUUUUAGAUUGUUGAUGAUUUAAAUGCCUGAAUAUUGUAAUUACACGAACCAUAUAUAUCUCUGACAAAUAUUUAGCUUACCCAUUUUGGAAGGAAUCCAUGCUAAUCACGCACUUACAGUAAUUGUCUCUUUACUUUUUCCAAAGUUUUAAUUGUUGAUUGCCUUGUGUUUUUUCAGCCAUCCGUUUUGUCUUUCGGGUGCCGACAUUAUAGUAUUGGAUUAUAUUAUAAAGGGGAAAUUAAUAUCAAAACUAGAGGAAAAUGAAACAGUAUCUUUAAAAUUUUCCAAAAAGCUGGAGAGCGUCACAACAAAACAAGUAAGCAAAGAUUAUAACAACUUAAUUAAUCCUUCUUCGCAUGUGAACGACGUUGUGCUUUAAGAAAGUUCACAAUGGAGAAACAAGUGGGUUGAAUGAUGUGUGCCACGAAUUAUAAUCUCAUUCAAUUUGACACUUUUUAGUCGCUUAAUGUUCGUCCAUAUAUUUAUUAAAGAUAUCUACUUUCUUCCAGAUUAUAGACAUUACCCCUGUCUAUAGACCAAGGGCGGUCGCUUGCAUGUUUGGCGGGUUAAUCAAAUGGAACAUGCAGAUUAGUCCCUAGUCCUCUGUGUACGCUUCUGAUUGCCGUGACGUCACCGACCUCAUUCAUAUGCAGACACGCGAAAUACGCGUACUAAGAGGCCUAGGGACUAGGCUGUCAAACGUGCAUGUUCAAUAGAGGCUGGGUUUGGGCACUAUAUACAGUUCUCAUAAGUGACGUCAUAACAAAUAAUUCUGAUAUAUUAGUUUAACUUCCACCAGUGUGGGAAGCAAAUGUUUAUAUAGGCUUAAAUAAAAGCAUACGUUGCUCAAAAAAUGUAAUUACAAUACUUUGUAAGUACUAAGUAGAUUGCAGGAAAAUAAAGUUAAAGCUAUAUAAGUUAGAAGUUAUACCCUCAAAAUUUCACAGAUUUACUUCGGGAGAGCUCUAAUUCAUCGCUUUAAUUUAACAUGCUUAAGACGAAUUCAGAACGGACAUGUACAUUUUCUGGCGUUUAUAUAUCCUUGUUCACUGUUAAAAAAACUAAUUUCUGGCAUAUUCUUAUUUUAUGAAGCAAUCAUCAAAAAUACCAUUGCCUUGCUGAAUCUUAACCGUAUUAUUGGACUAUUAAUAAGUAAAAUUUCAAACGUUUAUUGUGCACGAGAAGCCGUUUCAAUGUAAAAUAGUAUAGCAAAUUAUUGUAGUAACCUGUCGAAUGUACAAGAGAACAACUUUAAUAUGAUAUUUAUACAAUAUAGCGGAGCGUCUUCCUUCGUGUGCAACAGCAUGCAUUGCGGGGCUAGAACGCAGGGUUACCGUAUAUUACAAUUAUUUGUGCUUUGAAGUUUGUCGAAUUUGAGUUUGCCUCAGUCCUCUUUCCUGUGCAGAGCCAUAAUUCUACAGUUUUGGUUUAUUUACUCUUUCCUUGAUUUUUUAUAACUGCAAAGCUUAGAUUUUUAGGUAUACAGAGCAUUAAAUUAAAAUGCCUAUGAGAUGGAGAAUGCAGGCUUUCAUCCAUUCUAAUGAAUAACGACUUAGGCAAAUUUAUGCAUUCUAAGGUGGUUAUUGACAAGUAUGUAGUAUUGCCGAAAAUUUCAAACAUAGCAGGCUAGCAGUUUCUAGCAAGGUACUAAGUGUUAUUUUUGUCCUUUCCGUGCUUCAGGUAAAUUGCUUGCACUUGCAAGGUGUUCAAUGGAACAAUAAAGGAAUGCAAGUUGGUAGGAUUGGUGGAAAUAUUGAAUGCUUGACAAAUCAUUUAUCAAGUUUUACAAUGGUUGUACUUGACGCAGAGGUAUAUGGUGAUAAUAAACUGAAUUUAUAA